CAGUGGGCUGCCAGUUGUAAGUUGCAAAGUGAUACUGUAUACCUGCUGCUAGGUAAAGAAUGGGAUCAAUGUAUCAGUUUGUGCCAGGAGUCUGGGAGCAGUCUUUAAUGAAAUGUCCAUGGCCGUCUCGGCACAAAUGAGGCAAUACUCAUGAACCCUGUAAAGAACCCUCUCGAUUUGAAAUUCCUUCCAUGUUAUUAAUAAGUUUGGCUUUGUCUCCGUGCAAGAACUGAUAAGCUGAGCACCACACACAAAACACAUGGGAUCUAUUUAAUAUUAUUAUUGUUGUUGUUGUUCACAAAGUGCGUUUACACAAUCGCAAACCACUAAUGUCAGAUGAUUAGUGCACCCUAAUAAGGCAAACGUUUUUCUGGUGAAAGAUGGGUUACAUGGAGCCCUCAUGAGGGGAUCUGUUCUGUGCACCUGUGUGUAAUGCCAGUAAUUACAUCUCAAUUCUUUCAGCUUCACCUUUGUCUUCUGUUACCCCCAUUAGAAACUAACCCUGUCCUGUCUCAGACACGCAGUUGCCCCAUGUACUUUCAGUUGUUCGCUACUGAUGUGCAUUUGCCCUUACAUGAAACCUUCUAAACGUCUAAAUCACAUAUUUUCAUUUGCAGUCACUGGGGUUCGUUAACUACCUAAUUUGUGCAGAAGCAGGAACAACUGCGCACAUUAUCUGCUAAGCAGAGCUAAAGCUGUCCUCCCAUCUUUAUAUGCUGGUAUUCAAACCCCACAGUGAUGCAUAUGAGUGAAAUAUGCCAGGAUAUCCCCAUGAAAUCUGUGUAACAGCAUGGAUAACAGAAAUAGCAGAAUACAAUUAAGUAGGUAAAAAUAGCCAUGGAAAAUGUAUAUCACGGUAACAUCAAGGUGGAGAAAUGAAAUAUGUUUUUGCGAAGACUUUCAAUUUCAUUUCAUACCUUUCUCUAUUUUUUUGCCUUAAUGGCUGUGGAGAAACUUCCACUACUUCCUGCUUCUUAAUAUAUAUUUGUUGAUGUACCUUUUAUACUUAAAGAGUGUUCAGCUGGUCUUGAAUGUUCUAUUUUCUCUUUGUUUUAAUAAGCACUUUAAUUCCAUAACUCCUGUGGCCAAUUUACCGGUCAGGUGACAGCCUCGCUAACACCACCUCUCAGUACAACAGCGCUCAGCCUUAAUGAGAUAUGGAAGGAAGCUGGUGUGGAAUGCUCCAGCAGCAACAGGGCACAGCACAGAUUUUGGCAAAUAUCACAUCAUGAUGCUGUAGCAUCUCGGAAACUUGGUAUGGGAAUCAUCAGCCAUUUUUCUACCCUCUUGAGGCUGACUAAUUCUGCAGGAUAGUUACACUGUCGGGUCCAGGUUAUAAUGUUUGCUUUUGUCUUAUCAAACAGCUGAGGACCCCUGGUCAAUUCAUGCUCUCCCCAGACACCUUCAGCACUUGGCCAUCUGCCCCAUGUGCUUUCAGCUAUAUGGACAGCUAUAUGCUGCUUUUGGAAUCCCACCCAUACUUUGCUAGUGACGUAGCCAAUUUGGAAGCAGUGAUGUCUAGACUAUAGCUCUCGAUGUGCACUUUGAUUAUGCAUCCUUACUGGUUGAGCCACUGUCUUCCUCUCCUCUGUUGAUGUUGGCACAUAGCAGUAGACCAAGGGAAGACGAUUGUGGUCAGAAUGUGUUUUUUUUCUUAAAUCCCCGCAAAUCAUUGGUCUGUUAAGUGAUGAAGGAAAUUCAGCGUUUUGGCUAAUAGUACAGUAGCAUCUAAAAGUAACAUGUUCCUGGUGAGUGCUGGCAGAAUGCAAGACAGCUUCCAGGGGUGGCUGUGGAGUUUGGAUGAAGGUGAGAUCAGUUAGUUUCAUAGUAAAAAAACUACACUUGUCAUCUAUUGCUGUUGGUAGCCCACAUGUCUACAAACAGCUCUGGAAUCUUUGAUGCACUCCUAAAGGUACUCCCUGACACUUACCUUUCUUCCUGAUGAGAUGAUUGGGUCUUAAUUUCUUCCAGCUAACAACCUCUUAAUUAGGCUUAGAUUGCACUUACAUAGAAUUUAAACUUUUUAUAUGUUGUAAAUUGUCCUGGAUAAGGGUGUAAGCAAAUUAUUAGUAAUAACCUGGUGUUUUCCAUUGAUAUUUGUUAAACAAAUUGAUUGCAUUAGGCACAAAAUGGAAAUUCCUGUCCAUUGUGGUUUUUGUAUUUCACUAUUUUCAAUUUUGUGAAAUUUUCGGCUUUAUUAGUGGACAUCACUGCCCUUGGUUUCUGCAUGUCCUCUUUUUAGUUUGACUUAAGAAAAGGUGACUUGAAAGAGGUUAAGCAAAAGGGAGAUUCUGAUGUUUUUGGUGUUUGAAUACAAAAGCAACUGUUGUUGAAGUUUAAAAUUCUGUAUAAAGCAACAAUGCAAAUGGCUUUACAGCAUAAGAAGAAUAUAAGUUAUAAAUGAAUCUUUAUUUUCUUUAUCUGUACCUUUCUGCAAUGUAUACUAAUCUGCCUGAUUUGAUUUUCAAAAUAUGUGUUUCCUUUUAAUAAGGUGUUCUACAUUCUUUAUCAUUUCUAAACAGGGCCAUAGCUUCGUAUAUCAAACCACUGUCCAGUGAUGGUAUUCAUAUUGAUUAAGUCAUUGCCCACUUCUCUACUGGAUCUUCUGUGUAAUGGAGCUGCUGGAAUAUAAUGGCUGCUGUGCAACAUCCAAAUGGGUACUGCUCUUCAGGGUGGCUGAAGUGGGUCUCCUCUUAUUUUUCAAGUGCUUAGGGAUCGUUUGAGAUGAAGAAGCACUAUAUAAAUGGAAGGGAUUGUUAUUCACAUUAUGUGUCAAAGCAAAGUGGAUUUACAUUACUGUGGAGCAGGUAUUGUAAAAUAUCAAUGCACCACAGCCAUUUUGUUCUUUGGUGCCAAGCUGCUGGCCUUCUGUAUACAGAACUGGAAAUUAACUCAGUAAAUUAAUUACAAAUUAGUGCGUUUGGGAAAAUGAUGCUCUGCUGUCCAGCAAAUUCUGUAUUACAAACUGUGCAUUUGUUCAUCUUCUGCCCUAAUCCAUGUUUUUAUUGUUUUCAUUAAUUGCAUUGGGAAUGCUGAUGGGUUGUUUAUGACAUGUUAGAUUUUCAGUAACUGGUUGGAAGGAAAAGACAAGGCAGAAGCGAAGUCUUCAAAUCAAGAUUUAAUUAGAAGAUUAAUUUUUGCUAUUUCCUGCUUACAAACCUGAAGGAGGCUUAACAACCAAAACAUAGUGUUUUUUUCUUUCUGCUGUACAGUGUGGAAUUAACCCUUACUUCUUGUUUUCCUGUUUUGAAUGAGAAUUUUUGUGUGUAAGCUUUUUGGGCGGAGCAGGGCCCCAGGGGAGUGAAAAGGUGGGGGCAGUGGAGUAUCAAGUUCCACUGUUGAUACAAUGUGACAGAACCCUAAACCUGUGGCACUAAGAACAGUGCUGGGGUAGUGUGGCAAAAAUAAUGGAACUGGGGUUCCAGGCAGUGAACCGGCUGGAGUGAGAAAUGGCAAUGUAUUAUACCAGGACCACCAUUGUGUUUGGACGACUGAUUGCAAAGGGGAAAAAAUGUUGCUGGUCAAGGUUUCUUCCAUUCUUAGCUGUAUUACAAAGUUGACUCAACCUCCCUAACACUCACUUAUGUUUACUAUUAUUAAACAGCUUUAAUCCAUGAUCUUAUCCUCAGGAAUGCUUUUCAAUCUAAAGACAAUAACCUGUAACAUGAGAGUUGCAAGCACAAAAUAGGUCGUUUUCAUGUUUAUUUUCCAGUAGUUUUGUAUUUUACUGCAAUUCUGUUAAUACAUCAUCCGCAAUGAUCAACUAUUAUCUAGUGAUUUUUUUAUACCUUAGAAUACACUUUCUGUGCAAAGGAUAAAUUAUUCAACUUAAGAAAAAGUCACGUAAUGGUAUCCAAAAUCAUGAAACGUGCUUUAUUAACUACACUUUAUAGUAGAUUAUGCUACUGAUGUAAAUUAAGAUAUGAUUCAGAUGGAGAGGAAAAAUCAAAUUAUAGAAGGGUUGCGCACCACUAGCACCGAAAAUUACAUGGAUAGUGCAACAGUUUGCACGUUCCUAUAACUGAAUUGUGUAUUCUUUAAAACGUAGUUACCGAAACCUGUUCUCAGUCCGAUGUUGCCCAUUUUUCCUAAAUAUUUCCUGGUAAAAUGCAUAAUUUCAUAUUCAUCCGAGUACACCAGCUGUCUGUACACAGUGAUCGUAUCGUGGAGCUAUGACAGUUUCAGUACUGUGUUCAAGCUCAUAAAAGAAUACAUUACCGCACCGCAUCUAAUAACGCCUCCUUCAGAACAAAACAUGAAAGGAUGGAAUGAGUCUCCGAUUAAACCUCUUAGAUAUUUAAGCGCUUGUCAAUGAAAAGCUGUAGCAGCUCACGUGACACACUGGUAAAAAGUAAAUUAUGGUAACAUAAAUGAAUUUCAUUUUUAUGUGUUUGUAUAGUCUUAUCAUAUAUAUGCACGUAUAUAUUUAUGAUGCAAAGUUUUUUUUUAAGUAUCUGGAUUUCUAUAACUAAACAGGGACAGCAGAUCUUUCCAGGGUAUUGUUGACCAUAAAAAACAAGCUUUUUUAAAAAAAAUACGAAGACUGUAUAAAUUUGUCUUUGCCAUUUGGUUAUUUAUGUUAAAAAUGCAUCAUUCUGUGUUUGCACAGACAAGGGGCAACGCGCAAGUUGUCAAUUCUUUAUCGUGGUGGCACUUUUUCAAUACCGCUUUCGCAAGCACAGAACAAUUAGCAAGAUGUCCCGGGCAGUGGGCUUUACAAACUGCUCUUUUUUAAGUGCUUUGGAGACAGUCAUGUGAUUGUAACGUAACCCGACCGGAAAACACCGACCAUCGCCGCCAAUGCUGCGUUUUAGAGGAACAGAGCAGCUGCAAGCCCAACGGACAAGUCCCCGGUAACAAACAACAACAACACGACAAACUCCGCAGCUACAAAGGGAGCACAAAGGAAGGUUGAAGAAUGGAGCUGGCCAACCAUGGUCUUAUCCUUCUGCAGCAGCUGAACGCUCAGAGGGAGUUUGGUUUCCUGUGUGAUUGCACUGUGGCUAUUGGUGAUGUUUUCUUUAAAGCCCACAAAGCUGUUCUUGCAGCCUUUUCCAACUACUUCAGAAUGCUUUUCAUUCACCAGGACAGUGACUGUGUACGACUGAAGCCAGCAGACAUUCAGCCCGAUAUCUUCAGCUACCUCCUGAAUCUGAUGUACACAGGAAAGCUGGCCCCCCAGCUCAUUGACCCAGUCCGACUCGAGCAGGGCGUGAAGUUUCUGCAUGCUUAUCCACUGUUACAAGAGGCCAGUCUGGCAGGCCAGGCAGCUUUUCCGCCUCCGGAGCAAGUCAUUCCCCUGGCUACUUCCUUGUACGGCAUUCAGAUUUCAGAUCAACAGACUGGCCUUCCCAGCAGGCUCUCAGCGCGGAGGCAGCUGUCCUCUCCAUUUGAUCCAGAGCAGCUCUCGGAUAAUAAACGUAUUAAUAGCGCGGCGGGCCCUGAAUCCAAACAAGCCCCGUCCCUGUCUGAGCCCGAGGUCUCUACCAGAGGGAACCCCUCCACCAUGGAGGAGCAGAGCUUGGAAGCACCAAGCGUCAGCGAACACCCAGCUGCCAACACCAUCCUGCACGUCAAGCCCAGCAUUAUGAAGAGGAACUCCUCCUUCCGCAAGCAGUACUCCUGCCACAUGUGCGGGAGCCGUUUCAACCAGAGGAGCAACCUGCGGGAGCACCUGCUCCUCCACAGUCAGGGGCUGCUGCCCACCCCGGCUGCCCUAGCGGAGGCCAGCGUCUCCCCGAUGCUGAGCAACGCUCUGCCGGAGCCGGCCAAGGAGGUGGAGGACACCCCGCGAGGAAGUGACAUCAUCAGCGAUGGCGAGCUGCCGCUGGCCACGGAUUCCCCCAGGAUGGAGGGGCCGCAGUCUCAGGCCGAGACCCCUCCACCGUCGGACAUUGCCGACAUCGACAACCUGGAGAGCAUGGACCUGGAGCGCGAGGUGAAGAGGCGGAAGUACGAGUGCUCUACGUGCGGCCGCAAGUUCAUCCAGAAGAGCCACUGGCGAGAGCACAUGUACAUUCACACCGGGAAGCCGUACAAGUGCAGCGCCUGCGGCAAGAGCUUCUGCAGGGCCAAUCAGGCGGCCCGGCAUGUGUGUCUCAACCAGAGCGCCGAGUCGUACACCAUGGUGGACAGGCAGAGCAUGGAACUGUGCUCCAGCGAAGAUAGCAGCCAAAUAGAGGCCCUCUUCCUCUCUUCCAGCAGACCGUACAAAUGUAACGUGUGCGAAAUGACAUUUGCCAGCCCCAACGAGGUCAUGAAGCAUUUGUGCUUUGCUCAGAACGCCCAGAUGUUCUCUGGGUUGGAAAACCAAGCGCUGCAGAGUGAAGAGCUUCCGAAAGACGAGGGCUCAGACUCCUCCAAUCCUGGACAUUUAGUUACAUCAAUCAAAGCUGAGGAAAUUUUAGUUGAAUAAUGGACGUUUGUUUUUAUAUGAACAAUACCUUUUUUUUCUUCCUAAUGGUGAUGUUUUUAAAUUAAUUAUGGUCAGUAGUUAAGCUAUAAAAAAUGGGGGAUAAGCCAGGGAGUUUAAAGUUCUGUCCAACCAGUAAAUUGAACUUGGAAGAUCCAGAUCCUUAUAACUGGUUGUUUUAGACAUUGCAAAAUUAUAGUACAUCUCCCGCAGUGGGAUUCAACAUAGCGCAUCCUCAUUACACAAGUGCAUUGUGACAAAUGAGCUAUAUUAAUGUGCAUCUCAGCCUUUUUAUCAUAAUAUUUAAUCAAUGAAACAUGGUGCAACAGGCUAUGAGUAUGACAGGCACAAAUAAAAUGUUUAUCCAAACAAGCACAAUUACACAGUUAUUCCUCAACUGCUUUUCAAAUUUUGUUUCUGUUGUACACAUGCGCAGGAAGGGACACCUGAAGCGUAGUGUUUGCAAAGUUUAAUGCAGCCACCCAUUAGCUUCUAUGGACCUCUCUUUCAUUGACAUAUUUUAAUGACUAGCUUUGUCCUGUACAUGUAACAUACCAGGUUUAAAAUACCGGCAUCAUCCGGUCAAAUUCUUACUGAAAAACUAGUCUUCCUCACCACUUCCAGGUGAAACCUCCUGCAGUCCAACCAUUAUUCUUGCAGAUCUUGUUAAUAUGGUUCACAAAUCGAUAAUAUGCAACCAUUAAAGAGCAAGUACCUGUCUUAGUACUUCAUCUUUUCUCCAUGUCAGCACCGGAAGAUCAUGCUUUUGUAACACUCAUAGCUAACUUUGUGCCAGAAACAAAGUAGGUUUUAUGGAUGCUUAAAUAUUUUACUUUCAGAAGCAGACUUUGUCCCUGUUACUAUGUAGGCGUUAGACAUAUGUUAUACAUUUUUUUCAUUAAAGAACUAUAUUCUCUUUACGGUUUUAAUACAAUGUCCUUCACACCAUGUUAAUCAGAAGGGAAAAAAAAGCGUACAGAAGCCAAGCAAGACUUAAGAAUAGGUUGUGGUUUGAGAACCUUGAACUGGAAGAGUGGAGUGCAUUCACCCUUCGCUGACAGCAGCUGAGGGGGUAUGUCAUGUAGGGCUUCAGAAUAUGGUCAUAAAAAGUAACUCUAGAAGAUUUUUUUUUAAAAGAUGAAUUUGUUUAGUGCAAUGUUACAUGUGUGAAAUGGAAACUUGUGUUGUGAUUCAUGCUGUGGAGUCUCAUGCGGUCCAUUACAGAUACUGUACCUUUAAGAAACCCUUUUAAUACGGUUGUAGAAUCACUGAUAUAAAACACAAGAGAGCGUGUAACUGGUUUGGAUCUGGUCUUGAUUUACCUCGUCCGGUUGGAUUUAUAUGCUUUGUUUUUAGCAUCUUGUUUGCCUUAGCCCCCUCCCCACCCCCAUCACACAGAGCAAUUUCAGUUUGCUAGAUCUGUAGGACUUGAAAGAACGUGUUAUCUGCCUUGCAAUCUCCUUGCUCGCUCGCUCUAGAGCACACUACCACUGGGCACUGGAAAUGUGGCUGCAGCUUGAGGCUAGGGAGGGUACGGGAUGGUGAGAGCUCAAAAGUCUAACUUUCACAGCUUCCUGCCUGUAAGGAGCCAGUAAGUCGGUUGUGCAUUUCAGAUUUUUUUUCUGUCUCUUUGCGUUUUACAAGCUGAGUAUAUGCCAAGCGAAUAAUGUUAGUCAAUUCAGUUACUUCUUACCCUCACUGUAAAUAAAAUAGGAUUUGUAGACCGCCAGCCUGAAUACCAUGAGGAAGUGUGAAGCUCCCAUAGUGCCUUGCUUUCCACAUCCUGGUCUGUUCCAUGGCAACAGGGUCUGCUGUAAGUGUUUUUAAAGUAGAACUGGUCCGUAUAUUAUUGAUUGUGCUUUGUUUUGGUAUAGCUGUAGAAAUGUCACGAGGUGUAUUCUUUCUCAAAAAGUACUGAACAGAAAAUCCUCUUCUUGUGUCCGUAGUGACUGGUGCUUUUCUUUCAGCAGCAAAUGUGCACAAAACCUAUUAUGCUGUAACAAUGAUGAACUUCUUGCCAAUUUGUUGACCAUAAGUUUGAACCUCUUUUUAAAGCCCUUAUUUUUGUGUAGUAAACCUUUCUAAUUUUAUAUACAAUGCUAUAUUUACAUAAAGUUUUAUAUUGCAAAAAUGUAUAUUGCUUAAAGUAGGAGAAACUGUUCUUAGUGUAUUUGUACAUAUUCAUGUUUUUAUUAUUUUUUAUUUUUUUUUAAUAAGAAAAGGUCUUGAGGCCGUUGUCAUGAUGAACAAAUAUUUGUAUUACGUUUUCUGCUGGUAUUCAUUUUGUUUCCCUUUUUGAAGUGUUGUGCAUGGUUCUGCUGUUUCUGCUAAUGUAAAUGUAUUGCUCUCCCACCUGUUGCAACCAGGACAAUAUAUUUUUUACUUUGAAGAUUCCAUGAAAUUGCUGAUUGCAAGAAAAAAGUACAGUGAAAUUAGAUCAAGAAAUCUGUAGGUAACUUUGUUUGGUAAAGGAGGAAAAGCCCUAAAUGCUCAUUUUCUUUGAAUUUGAUACAGAUAUAUUUUGCUGUUCUGGUUAGGUUUCAAAAUCGUAUUCAAAGCAGAAGUAAUAGCAGAAUUACCUAAUUACCUACCAUAACACUAAUAUGGUAUGAAUCAAAACAGGGGAACAGGCAAAGGCAAUGCAAGACAUUCUUACAGUAACUGACGAUUUUGUUCCCUCUAGUGGAAUGCAGUGUAAUGGCAAUACAGAAUCCAUUUUCAGUUAUUUAGUAUUAACUUGAGGCAUCAUGGUAAUAAGCUAAACCAGGAGUUGGCAUUUCUAGUUCUAAAGAUUUUCAAUCCAGCACAACUCUCCACAAUUUCAUUAAACUGAUUAUUGGCGUAAUUGGAGCAGUUUAACAGCUUUUCCCAGCUGCUGCUGAUGAAUCGCUUAAAAUCUGUAGGAAUACAGCGCUUGGGACUGAGUUUUGAAGUCAUGCCAUGAACAACAAAAAACUGGCAUUCAGAGGUCGAAAAUGGAACAACGCACUGACAAAAACACAGAUUUAUUAGCUGAUGAAAGUGUAUUGGAAGAUGCUUAACUUUUUAGAAAUAGGAAUUUCUGUAGGUCUCUGGCUUACAUGACGAAAAUAAUUGACAAACCUUAUGUUGUGCUUUGAUGUCAGAUGUUACAGAUUGGCCUGCUCCUUUUUUCAUGUCCACAAGAAGCAGUUAAUUUCUUUUAAACAAAGUGCCUUUCACUGGCUAAAAUUAGAAGUGUUGUUUGAUGUUACACAAAUAGUGUGUACUGUAAAGGACGUUGUAUAAUUAUUUGUGUUUUUCUUUCAGCAGUCUGGAAAUUCAUUGAUUGAUGUCUUGCAAUAUCUGUAAUGUUUGCAACAACACAUAACAUCAUGGUUUAUGCUUCCAGUGAUGGUGGUGGUGGUUUAAUACACAGGUGUCGCCAGAUGAAAGAAAACUCUUGACCACAUAAAUCCAAAGCAAAUUGACGCAAUUCGUACGACCUGUGUUCUCAGGAAUUCAUGGGCUCUCCUCCUGAAAGAUUUGUGACAUGAUGAGCCUAAACUGAAUUUUCACAUACAAAUCUAAUAAAACAUUUUGUGUAAAAAAGGCAUGUUUUUCCUUUUCUCUUUCCAUCACUGCCUUCAAAUCUGUAGAGAGAAAUAUCGUGUGCACUGCAUAUAAUUUCUGUUUAUCUGUAGCAAUAAAAUUGUGCCUGGUUGCGAUCUAGUAUAAAGAUGAGUAAGGAAAGUCGUGAAUCAAAGACUUGAUUCCGGCCGUUUCAGACUUCAUACAUUGUAUUAUGUGCAUUAUUGUGCUCCUCUUCUCCUAAUGUACGGAGCCAUGCUUGGUGUCCUUGGUACAUUGUGGUUGGUAUCUCAUAGCUGUAUGAAUAUUGCAGACCACAUUUACAAAAACACUGCUGUUGUAAGAAAUGUACAUAGCCUCAUAUAUUGAACAUAGGUUAACGCUCUUGUAUCUCAGUUUGGAGGUAACUAUUCACUUACCCUUUAAUCCUACAAUGUGUGCUGUAUGUUUACAAGCACCUGGCCACACUGACAAAUAGAAUCCCUUUAAGGCGUGGCAGAAUAAUUAAAAGAAGAAGUGUUGGAGACUGGUUAAAAAUGUCACUUAAGUCUUUUGUAGUGUUCUUUACUGAAAUUGUAUAGUGUUCAGAAUCUGGAGCCAGACCCAUAGUCAGGGUAUGCAGGAAGCUUGAGGUACCAGGGAGCUUACUGGCCAUUGUCUGAAGUCAGUGCGUAAGGAAAUGAACGCCUCUGACAAUUUGUUUGACACUCCCAUGUAAAUUUAAGAAAUUACUCUGUAAUGCAUGUAAUCAGAAAGGUAGAUGCACAUGUGUAAUGGGAAGCAUUACAAAUGCAGUACAGUUCCUUCCUUUACUUAUUGUGUUAUUAAUAUCUCACUGUAUAGGAAUGGGAAGCCUUUUGUUACUAUUCUGUAUUUUUGUGCUUUACAUAAAUCAAGGU